GGCGCCAAUUCCGGAGACCAGAGGCUGGCUACAAAGUCAUAAUCAAGUUUUCAUUGUUUUGAAGCAAAGCAUCAUUUAAAAACCUCUCAAGCAGGGAUGGUGACAUCGCUUUGAAGGAGGAGACAAGUGACUGACUUUGGGGGAAGCACUGUGGCCCUAGCUUUUGUUUUCCUCCCUGAGUUGGAAGAGCUAUGGAGAACUGGUCCUGGAUGACAGUCGUGGUCUUAAUAGGGCUCACAGUGCGGUGGACGGUUUCUCUCAAUUCUUACUCAGGUGCUGGAAAACCACCUAUGUUUGGUGAUUAUGAAGCUCAGAGACACUGGCAAGAAAUUACCCUGAAUUUACCAGUCAAACAAUGGUAUUUUAACAGUAGUGAUAACAAUUUACAGUACUGGGGAUUGGAUUACCCACCUCUUACGGCCUAUCAUAGUCUCUUAUGUGCAUAUGUGGCAAAGUUUAUAAACCCAGACUGGGUUGCACUCCACACAUCACGAGGAUAUGAGAGUCAGGCACACAAGCUCUUCAUGCGUGCCACAGUUCUUGUUGCUGAUUUGCUCAUUUACAUACCCGCUGUGCUUUUGUACUGUUACUCCUUAAAAGAAAUCUCACCUAAGAGAAAGAUCGCUAGUGCGUUAUGCAUAUUGCUGUAUCCAGGUCUUAUUCUUAUCGACUAUGGACAUUUUCAAUAUAAUUCUGUGAGUCUUGGCUUUGCUUUGUGGGGUGUUCUUGGAGUAUCUUGUGACUGGGACCUGCUAGGGUCAUUGGCAUUUUGCUUAGCUCUAAAUUAUAAACAGAUGGAACUUUACCACUCCCUACCAUUUUUUUGCUUUUUACUUGGCAAGUGUUUUAAAAAAGGCCUCAAAGGAAAGGGGUUUGCAUUGUUCAUUAGGAUAGCCUGUACUGUCGUGGCUUCCUUCCUUCUGUGUUGGCUGCCGUUCUUGACAGAAAGGGAGCAUGCCCUGCAGGUUGUAAGAAGACUCUUCCCUGUUGAUCGUGGAUUGUUUGAGGAUAAAGUAGCCAAUAUUUGGUGCAGCCUUAAUGUUUUUCUGAAGAUUAAGGACAUUUUGCCUAGUCACAUUCAGAUAGCAAUCAGCUUUUGCUUUACAUUUUUGAGCUUGCUUCCUGUAUGCAUAAAAUUGACAGUUCAGCCCUCUUCUAAAAGAUUCAGAUUUACUCUGGUUAGCUGUGCACUAUCAUUCUUUCUGUUUUCUUUCCAAGUACAUGAAAAGUCCAUUCUCUUGGUAUCAUUACCAGUUUGCUUAGUUUUAAGUGAAAUUCCUUUCAUGUCAACCUGGUUUUUACUGGUUUCAACAUUUAGCAUGCUGCCUCUUCUAUUAAAGGAUGGACUUCUACUGCCCUCGGUUGUGAUGAUGAUGGCAUUUUUAAUGGCUUGUGCCACUUUCUUUCCAGUGUUUGAAAACCCUUCUGAAGAACAACUGCAGUUGAAGUCCUUUGCUGUCUCUGUAAGGAGGCACCUUCCGGGCUUUACGUUUCUCCCCAGAAUUGUACAGUGUUUGUUUCUUUCUUCAGUCAUCACCAUGGUCCUUCUGACGAUUUUGAGCGUAACACUGGACCCUCCUCAGAAAUUACCAGACUUGUUUUCUGUACUUAUAUGUUUUGUGUCCUGUGUAAACUUUAUAUUCUUCUUUGUAUACUUUAACAUUGUAAUCAUGUGGGAUUCCAAAAAUGGAAGAAAUCGGAAGAAAAUUGACUAGCUACAUUCCCAAGCAAAUGCAGUCUUUUUGUUAUAUAUAAGUGAUCAUAUCAUUUUUACAAUCAGGAAAUUAUAGGAAAAGAAAUGGUGAAAGGGCAUUGUUAUUUACACAAAAUGUAUACAGGGACCAAAGAAUUUGUUUUCUAAGUAUAUACAUUUUUUUUUUUUUGGUAAAGCAUAUUGUAAUUUUGGUAGUAUUCAGGGAUAUUUAAAGAGAAAAAAAA